AUGCUGGCGGUUUUCGACAAGACGGUGGCGAAGAGCCCCGAGGGGCUGAGGACUGAGGACGCGGGGGAGCCCCACGUGGCCGGCUCCUUGGUGGAUGACUUCUGCUCCGCCAGGAAAGGGGCGGUGGCCGUGAACCUCGGUGCCUCUGGCGCGAUCGCUUACUCUUCAGAGAAGCAGAACCCCCUCUUACCGAGGUAACCACCACCGUUCUCGACAGAGAUUUUCUGAUCCCUAAACAUAGCGCCGAUCCUACUGUUCCCUGGCUGAUAUCGCUUUGCACGGUGUUGUGAGACCUGUCUGGGAGACUUUUUUUUUUUUUUAGUUUUUUUUCCAUAAUCUGCUUGGAUUCUGUUUGUGAAUCGUUUGACCUGGAAACGUUCUGAUUGUUUUUUUCUUUUUUCUUCGGUGGAGAGCGUUAGAUGGCGCUUCCGUUUGAUUCUAUACUUAGUAUCUUUGUGAGGUUUUUCUUUUCUAUUUCUGCUCUUGAAAGAAUUUGAAAUUUUUACAUUUGCUCAUCUUGUCACUUUACUACUUCCUUUCAUGUCCGUCUUCUUGGACCUCCUCUCUACCUCCAUUGGGUUUGCAUAGCGGCUCCAGAUAAAUAAAGAGAGGGAAGAAUAAUUUCCAUUGAUUUCCUGAAGUAUCGAAAGAACCGUUAAAUUUUUCGAUGAUUCUGAAUCUUGAAACAGCAGAAAACCUUAUACAUUCAAGCAGUUCACAAGUAAAACGAUUGUUCGUGGGUCGCGCAGGUCAUUUCUUCUCCACUCCGUCUCAGUUGUGACCUCAACCAUUGGCCUCUGUUUUUCCUCUUAUUGGUCAUUAAAUCUUAAAUGCAACUUCAUGCUUCUAAAAGUUUGAUGUUUAUUUCACCGUUUCUCAACAUUUCCUGCUUUGGCCAUCUUCGAGGUUCACGAUUUUGCACUGGUAACUGAGAAAAUAUAAUUUUAGGUUCCUUUGCCCUAUGUCAUUAUUGUUAACCCUUAUUUCUUGGUAACAAGAAUGGUGAUGAUUUCUUUUUUUUUCUCGUGCCUUUUCUGAUCCGAACACACAUUGUAGUACUUCUGGAGAUACGUUAUCAACAUAAUAAGAGUACGUUUUCUAGCUUUUGUUCAUUCAUCUGAUGGUAUGGAUAUCAUAUCUUCUUAUCAUUGGGAGAAUCAUGAGCUGAACAUUUUUUUUCUGUUUUCUAUUAAAUUGGCUGUUAAUGUACUUACUUGCCUUUAUUGUCCUCUUUACUUUAUUUUCUGAUCUGAUUCCACGGCCGAUAAUACCUUUCUAAGUAUAUCUAUAGAAGGGCUCGUUUUAUUUUCUGCAUGCCUUCUCAAUGAAUGAAGACCAAGAUAACUUUUUUUCUUUAUUGAUUUGACUGUGCUAUCUCUCAGUUUUAAUCUUUUUUUCGCUUUGGAGGUAUUUGCUUAAUCCGGGAGCCCGUCGAUCCUCAUUUAUGCAGAUUGUUUGCUGUUGUGGACGACAUAUUUUGCCUGUUUGAGGGGAGCAUCGAGAACAUUUUCCCUCUGAAGCAACAGUACGGGUUGAACAAGACUGCAAAUGAAGUCACCAUUGUCAUAGAAGCUUACAAAACCCUGAGGGACAGAGGGCCUUAUCCUGCGGACCAAGUCGUCAGAGAUCUCCGUGGAAAAUUUGCAUUCAUUCUCUAUGACAGCUUAUCCAAAGCUACAUUCAUUGCUGCUGUAAGUAAAUCCAUUAACCCCAUAUUGGGAGAAAAUCUUGAAAGCUUGUCGUUUCUAUGUUAUUUGUUUGGUUGUUAGAUUAUUUCUGUUUUUUGUGUGUUUCUUCUUCAUCUUGAUUUGACAUUUAUAUCCCUGCGAUUUUUUUACGGUAGAUUAGACUUUUUUCAUCGUGAGAAAAUAGUCUUCAUCGUUUGUGAAGAAACACAAGGGAAACUAUUAUCUGUUCAAGUAUACAAUUAAUUAUUUGUGGAAAUGCUUCUCAUAAAUUUUAGGCAGAAUUCAUGCGAGGAAAAGUGCUUCUAUACUUGAUAGUAGAUGUAAUAUAUGAGAAGUCCUCAGAAAUGAUACUAGUGAAUCGAAAAUGAUGUGACGACAUUCUUCCUGCACUGUGGAACUUGCGGCCGGUCUGUUUAAUCUGAAUUUUUCGAUCCUUUUCUCUUCUGAUUCAGGAUGCGGACGAGAGUGUCCCGUUCUUCUGGGGGACCGAUUCUGAUGGGCGUCUCGUGCUCUCUGAUGACUCUGACACCAUUAAGAAGGGCUGUGGGAAGUCAUUUGCCCCGUUCCCCAAAGGUGCGGCGGGCCUAUCAACAACUCAACAGCAUGUGUUGUAGUAGUAUACAGCAGCCUCAUGAAUCCCCGCCUAACACCACCACACCAUUUUGUUGUUGGUUGUUGUUGUUGUUGUUGUUGUCUCCGACUGACAGGGUGCUUCUUCACAACGUCCGGGGGGCUGCAGAGCUACGAGCACCCAUUAAACGCAUUGAAGCCGAUGCCGAGGGUCGACAGCCAGGGCCAGGUCUGUGGGUCGACUUUCAAGGUGGACGAGAGCUCGAAGAAGGAGUCCACCAGCGGCAUGCGCAAGGUUGACAGUGCCGCCAACUGGUCCGGCCAUUACUAA